CUUCAAACAGACUUCCUCACACGUCACGAACGAUAAAUACAAUAUGAAGUUUACUGCUGCCCUCGCCCUCCUCCCUCUCGCCGCCUCCGCGUGGGAAGUCACCACCGGUUACUGGAAGAGCUCCGAGACCGAUGUUUGCGCAAAGACUUUCUUGCCCAAAGGCUUCCAUGUCACCAUUAACGAGCUCCUUCCCGGCCAGAAAGUUUUCUUUUUCUCGGAUGAUGAAUGUGAGGAUCUGGAGUUCUCUGUUCACCAGGUUGGUACCGUGAAGCUCGAGAGUCGGGUGAAGAGCUUCACGGUGCUGGACUUUGAGCAAAAGCAAGACUUGAAAUGAGCCAUCACUAUUGAAGCCUUUGGAAUGUGGUUAAAGCUUUCGCAUAAGGUGGACGUACUGCCGCUAAUGGGUCUCUUUUCUAGCAUACAGGGCACCAUUCAUCUCCAAGUACAGUUUUAUCAUGCCACUCUCAAGA